AUGUCGCCCAAGAACCUCCUCAUCUUCGGUGCCACCGGCACCAUUGGCUCUUUCAUCUUAGAUGCCAUUCUCCCCGCACGCUCCCAAUUCGACCGCGUCGCUAUCUUCACUUCCCCCCGCACAGCUGAAACAAAAGCCGCAUACCUAGAGAAACUGAAGGCGCAGAACAUCGAGGUUAUUGUUGGUGAUGUCGAAGAUGAGGAUGCCGUUAGGGCUGCAUACACCGGAAUCGACACCGUAAUCUCAGCCCUAGGUCGCAUGGCCCUUGCCCAACAAAUCCCUCUUAUCCGCCUCGCAGCAGCAAGCCCCUCCGUAAAGCUCUUCCUCCCCUCAGAAUACGGCACAGACAUCGCCUACGGCCCAGCAUCCGUAAAUGAAAAGCCACACCAGCAGAAACUUAAGGUGCGCGCUGUCCUCGAGAAGGAAAUCUCCCGCGAACAGCUCGAUUAUGCCUAUGUGGUCACUGGACCAUUCGCGGAGAUGUAUCUCCAUCUUGCGCCUGGGGUUGACGAGGCUGGUGGUUGGGAUGUUAAGGCGCGUAAGGCGGUUUUGCUUGGUGAGAAGGGUGACGCGAGGGUUAGUUUGACUACUAUGAAGGAUGUUGGAACCCUCGUUCUUUCGACAUUGCUUAAUGCGUCUCCUGAGAUCGUCAACCGGGCUCUUUGUGUUAACUCUUUUACUACGACGCCUGCGCAGAUUCAGGCCGAGUUUGAGCGUCAGACCACCGGGGCGCCGUGGACGGAUGUUUCCUAUACAUCGCUUGAUCGGCUCCGUGAGUUGGAGGCGAAGGCGUGGGAGGAGGGGAAGCCGGUUGCCACUGUUUUGACGCUGCGUAGAAUUUGGACGGAGGGUGGUACGCUUUAUGAGAAGCGGGCUAAUGGGAUUAUUGGAGAGCCGAAGGUCAUGGGGUUGGAGGAGGUUGUUGCUAAUGAGAUUAAGAGGGUUGCCUCUCUUUAG